AUGCAAAGAGCGUCAAGGCUAAAGAGGGAGCUCUCGCUCUUGGCCACGGAGCCACCUCCGGGCAUCACCUGCUGGCAAAGCGAAACUCGCCUGGAUGACCUGCGAGCGCAAAUUUUAGGAGGUGCAGACACACCAUAUGAGAAAGGAAUAUUCGACCUGGAAAUAAUUGUGCCCGAAAGGUACCCGUUUGAGCCUCCGAAGAUUCGUUUUCUCACCCCUAUUUAUCAUCCUAACAUUGACUCCGCGGGAAGGAUUUGCCUGGAUGUUCUUAAAUUACCUCCCAAGGGCGCCUGGAGACCUUCCCUGAACAUCUCCACGCUGCUGACCUCCAUCCAGCUGCUGAUGGCGGAGCCCAACCCCGAUGACCCUCUCAUGGCAGACAUCUCUGCGGAGUACAAGUACAACAAGCCGCUGUUCUUGCUAAAUGCCAGAGAGUGGACUGAGAAACACGCCAGCCAGAAGAGGGCUCCUUUGGAAGAGAAAAUAAACCAAAGCGAAACAAGUACCCCCAGUGAAUCAACCACACAGAAAAGAAAAGGGAGUAAUAUCAGCGGGAAGGAGAAGAAAUCUCGCCUGGGUUCCUGA